AUGUCAAGAAAACCCUUAUCACUUCCCUUCACAUUAUUAUUACCAUGUUUUGGUUAAGACUCCCCAUUCCAUUACAGAAAACUCCAAUAACAUAUUCUACACCAAACACAACUAUCUCUUCUAAUUCUAACUAUUACUGCCAUCAAAGUUUUCUUCCAUAUUCUUCUAAACCCGUUACGAAAUGCAGCACAAUCUCCAUGGCUUUUAAGGAUGAGAUGAACGGAGAAACUUUUGUGGACGAAGAUUUUUCUGAACUGGAGCCAUUGCCGGGAGAGCUGAAGGCGGAGCUGAUGCCAAAGCAUGUGGCGGUGAUUAUGGAUGGGAAUGGGAGGUGGGCAAAGAUGAAAGGCUUGCCGGUGUCUGCCGGCCACGUUGCCGGCAUGGACUCGUUCAAAAGGAUGUUGGAGCUAUGUUCUUGUUGGGGAAUAAAGGUUCUCACAAUUUUCGCGUUCUCUAGUGAUAACUGGAACCGGCCCAAGGUGGAAGUUGAUUUCUUGUUUGAUCUCUUGGAAAGAUUAAUACAUUCUCAAAUUGAAAAUUGGAAGAGGAAAGGAAUUAAAGUAUCUGUGAUUGGAGAUACAUCAAAGCUUCCCAAUUCUUUGCAAAGAAUAAUAACUAGUGCUGAGGAGAAUACAAAGAAGAACUCGAAAUUUCAACUUAUUAUGGCAGUUAACUAUGGUGGAAAACUUGAUGUAGUCCAAGCCUGUAAAAGGGUAGUCAAGAAAGUGAAAGAUGAACUUAUUCUUCUAGAAGACAUUGAUGAAAAUAUCCUUGAAAAGGAGCUGGAGACAAACUGCACUGAGUUUCCUUAUCCGGAUUUACUGAUUCGGACAAGUGGAGAACUUAGAGUUAGUAAUUUCUUGUUAUGGCAAUUAGCAUACACUGAAUUUUUCUUUCACAAAAAACUUUGGCCUGAUUUCGGAAAGGAUGAGUUUAUCGAAGCCUUAAUAUCAUUUCAACAUAGAAGAAAACGUCACGGGGGAUGACAUUAAUUACUUUACAACAAUUUAUCUUCCGAUAUCGUAGUGAUGAUUUAUUAGAAGAUAAGUGUAUCUCGAUUGUUUAGAAAUGGUUGUUUGAUAUGUUGUUAGGGUAUGUUUGUUUUUUUAUUACUCCCUCUGUUCCUUUUUAAGUGUCAUUUUAGCAAAAAGCUCUUCAAUC